AUGGUUGCUAUCAGUGAAAUCAAGGAGAAUGCUGGCGUAAACAGCAGUAAUUCUGGUGCAGUUACGAGAACUGCGGCACACACACAUAUUAAAGGUUUAGGUCUGGAUGAAAGCGGUGUGGCCAAGAGAGUCGAAGGAGGGUUUGUUGGGCAAAUAGAAGCUCGUGAAGCAUGCGGUGUAAUCGUAGAUUUAAUUAAGGCCAAAAAAAUGUCAGGUAGAGCUAUCCUAUUAGCUGGUGGUCCCUCUACAGGUAAGACAGCAUUAGCUCUUGCCAUUUCACAAGAGUUAGGCCCAAAAGUCCCUUUCUGUCCUCUUGUUGGCAGUGAAUUAUAUUCUGUGGAGGUUAAGAAAACUGAAACCCUAAUGGAAAAUUUUAGAAGAGCAAUUGGUUUAAGAAUUAAAGAGACUAAGGAAGUUUAUGAAGGUGAAGUGACAGAAUUAACGCCCGAAGAUGCAGAGAAUCCUUUGGGUGGAUAUGGUAAAACUAUCUCGCAUGUCAUCGUCGGGCUCAAGUCCGCCAAGGGUACCAAGACACUAAGGUUAGACCCAACGAUAUAUGAAAGCAUUCAAAGGGAAAAGGUUAGCAUUGGUGAUGUCAUCUAUAUAGAGGCCAACACCGGCGCAGUUAAAAGGGUUGGUAGAUCUGAUGCAUACGCUACUGAGUUUGAUUUGGAAACUGAGGAAUACGUGCCAUUGCCAAAAGGUGAAGUGCACAAGAAGAAAGAAAUUGUACAAGACGUUACACUACACGAUUUGGAUGUUGCAAAUGCAAGACCACAAGGUGGUCAAGAUGUCAUAUCGAUGAUGGGCCAGUUGCUCAAGCCUAAGAAGACUGAAAUUACCGAGAAAUUAAGACAAGAAGUGAACAAAGUUGUCGCUAAAUACAUCGACCAAGGUGUCGCAGAAUUGAUUCCAGGUGUUUUGUUCAUUGAUGAAGUUAAUAUGCUAGACAUUGAAAUUUUCACGUAUUUGAACAAAGCACUUGAAUCUAAUAUCGCUCCCGUUGUUGUAUUGGCUUCUAAUAGAGGCAUGACUACAGUGCGUGGUACUGAAGAUGUGAUAUCACCACACGGUGUGCCACCUGAUUUGAUCGAUAGGUUGUUAAUUGUUCGUACCUUACCGUAUGACAAGGAUGAGAUCCGCACAAUUAUAGAGAGAAGAGCUACCGUGGAAAGGUUGCAAAUAGAAAGUAGCGCAUUAGACCUCUUAGCUACGAUGGGUACGGAAACUUCGUUGCGUUACGCCUUACAAUUAUUGGCACCAUGUGGUAUCCUCGCACAAACAGGCAAUCGUAAGGAGAUUGUUGUUAAUGACGUUAACGAAGCUAAGUUGCUGUUCUUGGAUGCCAAGAGGUCAACGAAGAUUUUAGAAACUUCGACGAAUUAUUUGUAA